AUGAAAGCCCAGAUUGUAUUAGAAGAAUAUGCACUGCCAAGGUUUCACAAGGCAAGGCCUGUGCCAUAUGCCCUAUGCCCCAAAGUAGAAGCAGAAUUGCAAAGACUAGAAAGGGAAGGCAUACUGACAAAAGUGGAAUGGUCUGAAUGGGCGACACCAAUUGUGCCAGUCGUAAAAGGUGAUGGCACUGUGCGCAUAUGUGGUGACUUUAAGGUGACAGUGAACCCAGUGUUAAAAACUGAACAAUAUCCCUUACCACGUAUAGAUGAUAUAUUUGCAUCUCUGGGCAGAGGAGAAAAGUUUUCAAAAAUUGACCUUGCACAAGCAUACCUACAAAUGGAAGUGAAGGACUCCUCCAAAAAGUAUUUGACUAAUAACACUACUAAAGGCCUGUACCAGUAUAACCGUUUGGUUUUUGGAGUUGCUUCAGUACCAGCCAUAUGGCAGAAGGCCAUAGAACAAGUCUUACAGGGCAUUCCUGGCACUCAGUGCUACCUUGAUGACAUUCUUGUUACAGGAGCUGAUGACAGAGAGCAUCUAGAGAAUCUAGGAAAAGUCCUGAACAGACGAGCAGACUUUGGCUUGAGAGUAAACAAAAAUAAGUGUGAAUUUUUCAAAAAUUCCAUUGAGUAUUGUGGACACCAAAUUGAUAAAGAAGGCUUACAUAAAUGUAAAAACAAAAUUGAAGCCGUCCUGAAAGCACCGAAAUAUCAAAAUGUACCUCAAUUGCGGUCAUUUUUGGGACUGGUUAAUUAUUAUCAUGAGAGAGAAAAAUCAUUACCUGUAUAA